AGCGUUGUGAAUGGCUUGAGUACUUCUCUAUAGCAUCCAUCGUAUCUGGGUCCCUGUGGUUCGAUUGAAGCGCCUAUCUUGCAGGAAGUGCAGUUGCAUAGCCCAGUAUGGACAUCUAUGACGAGAUUUUCGAGGAUGGCGGGGAUGCUUUGCCGCGUGAGUUCGAGAGCAUGACUGCAGAUGAUAUUCUCAGGAGAACGAGGCUGCUGGACAAUGAAAUACGUGUGCUGAAGGACGAGUCCACACGAUUAAGUUUGGAGCAAAGUGGCUUGAAAGAAAAGAUAAAGGAGAAUAAGGACAAGAUCAAGCUGAACAAUCAGCUACCGUACCUAGUGGGAAAUGUGGUGGAAGUCCUCGAAAUGCAGCCAGAGGAGGACGAAGAGGAGGAUGGAGCCAACGUUGACUUGGACUCUCAAAGACGCGGCAAAUGUGUGGUCCUGAAGACUUCCACACGGCAGACAAUCUUUCUUCCGGUCGUGGGGCUCGUGGAUGCAGACGCUCUCAAGCCUUCAGAUCUUGUGGGUGUCAAUAAGGACUCGUACCUGAUCCUGGACACUCUGCCAGCCGAGUAUGACUCGCGCGUGAAGGCCAUGGAAGUGGAUGAGAAGCCCACAGAGGAUUACAGUGACAUUGGCGGCCUGGACAAGCAGAUACAGGAGCUUGUAGAAGCCAUUGUCUUGCCUGUCACUCACAAGGACCGCUUCAAAGCGCUGGGGAUUCGGCCGCCCAAGGGAGUGUUGUUGUACGGUCCACCCGGCACAGGAAAGACCCUCUUAGCACGAGCCUGUGCAGCCCAGACCAACGCUACCUUCCUGAAGCUCGCCGGCCCCCAGCUCGUGCAGAUGUUCAUCGGUGACGGCGCGAAGCUGGUGCGCGACGCAUUUGCGCUGGCCAAGGAGAAGUCGCCGUGCAUCAUCUUCAUCGAUGAGAUCGACGCCAUCGGCACCAAGCGCUUUGACAGCGAGGUCAGCGGCGACCGCGAGGUGCAGCGCACCAUGCUGGAGCUGCUCAACCAGCUCGACGGCUUCUCCUCCGACGACAACAUCAAGGUGAUAGCGGCCACGAACAGGGCGGACAUUCUGGAUCCAGCGCUGAUGCGCUCGGGGCGGCUGGACCGCAAGAUCGAGUUCCCGCACCCGUCGGAAGACGCGCGCGCCAAGAUCCUGCAGAUCCACUCGCGCAAGAUGAACGUGUCGCCGGACGUCAACUUUGAGGAGCUGGCGCGCUCCACCGACGACUUCAAUGCUGCGCAGCUCAAGGCCGUCUGUGUGGAGGCUGGCAUGCUCGCCCUCCGGAGAGAUGCCACCGAGGUGAAUCAUGAGGACUUCAAUGAGGGCAUCAUCCAGGUGCAAGCCAAGAAGAAAGCCAAUCUUUCAUACUAUGCAUGAACUGCCACAGCGAUCGACCCAAGCAAGGAGACAGGCUUUGCAAACUGUGCACUGUCUGCCUGGCUGUGUGCAUCGCUUUAAGCUUUGUGUGUGAGGAGCGUGUUGACCUGCCAAUGCCACAUGUCAUGUUGGGGCACCUUGUACGCACAGAAGACAUGACUUGAAACUUUCAGUUUCCCCUGAAAGGCAAAUUGAUAUUCAUUCCAAAGCUGCACCGCAUGAGCUGCAAAAUGCCAAGAUCUUAAGAUUUCUUCUUGCAC